AUGAUACCAUUCAAAGGGCGUUCAUCCCUGAAGCAAUACAUGCCAAUGAAGCCUAUAAAACGAGGCUAUAAAGUUUGGUGUCUAUGUUAUUCGAAGACUGGUUACGUCUUAAGAAUUGAUAUCUACACGGGUAAGUCAAGUUCAACUGAUUUUUCAUGUGACACAUUGGGAGAACGUGUUGUCCUUCAUUUGACCGAGCAAUUGCGAAACUCUGGGGCCUUAGUUGCUUUCGACAAUUUUUUUACGUCUGUUAAAUUAAUAAAAGAGUUGAAAGCCAAGAAAAUUUUUGCUGUUGGUACUGUUAGGACAAAUCGAGUAGGCUUACCGGACAUCAUGAAAGAAAAGAAAAAGAUGGUUAGAGGGGAAUUUGAAAAUCGAACGCAGGGAUGUGUUGCAGCCAUAAAGUGGAUGGACUCUAAGCCUGUUACAGUUUUGAGCACAGCACAUGAUCCUGCAUUUGUCACUGAAGUAAAAAGGAAAAAUAGAGACGGCUCUAGAAGUAACAUUUCAUGUCCAGAAGUGAUUGCAGAUUAUAACAAAUAUAUGGGAGGUGUAGAUCGCUUUGAUCAGCUAAAAGAACGUUACGCUGUAGGUAAAAGGUCGAAAAAAUGGUAUAACAAAAGAUUAAAGGUUUCAGAAGAGGUUAGGACAACUGAAAAUAAGCAUUUGCCAAAAAAGGAUUCUAGCAGCCGACGAUGCAAAUUUUGCAGCAUGAAAGGCAAAGUUGCUAGGUCUAAAGUAACUUGUACUAAAUGCAAUGUUCCGCUCUGCCUUAGUCCUUGCUUUGCCUUAUUUCAUUCCAAAUAG